CUUGCUGUCUCUCUGGCGCCGUAUAUAUUCAGAGGGACCAGAUACCUUAUUUAAUAGUAGUGUGUAGCCAUAUUUCUAAAUCUUGUAAGCUCAAACGACAAAUCUAAAAAUGUCAACCGCAGCCAUAAACGACGUAAAAAGACCGAACAAAAUACACAGAUAUAAGCCCAAAGAUUCCAGUGCACCGGGUGAUGAUCCCACUCCAGACUACAUGAACCUUCUAGGGAUGAUCUUCAGCAUGUGCGGGCUCAUGAUGAAGCUGAAGUGGUGUGCAUGGUGCGCUGUUUACUGUUCAUUCAUCAGCUUUGCAAAUUCCAGGGCAUCAGAGGACACCAAACAAACACUAAGUAGCUUUAUGCUGUCCAUUUCAGCUGUGGUGAUGUCCUAUCUACAGAACCCACAACCAAUGACCCCUCCAUGGCAGUGACGAAACGUUUUCCUAUCCAUCUCUAGUCUAUACACCAGUCAGCAAGCAAACGUAUAACCAUCAAUUCAUUCCAUCGUGGUCACAUGACUUAGUUAUGUUAAAUUUUAAGUGUAAAUUCAAAGAAAGAACAAUUAUUUUCUCUGAUGUUUUAUUUGCACUUUUCAUCUUAUAUUUCAAGCUUUUAUACACAUUGUUUACCUUUAUUUGAAAAAAAACUCAGCUUUUUAGAAAAACUUGCGCACUGCAAAAUUUGAUCGCCUGGGUGUGUGCUGGCUAAUUUCCAUCAGUGCAUAAACAAUUACUUAAUUUAAAAAAAUCAAACAGGUUCUCUUUCUGCAUGGCAUGCUGUAGAACAAUUAAUGAAACUAAUCUAGUUUCUUUUUAAAAAUAUGUUUCUAAAACCAUGGAAAUCCAACAUCAAGAAGUUACACACAUCUCAUAUGGGUCAAUAUUUUAGCAUGUGUUUCUAAAUAUUCUCAGUUGUUGGGCCAUGUACCACACGUUAGUGGGCAACAUCAUCCUGCUUGUAAACAUUUAUUUUUAUUUUUUGGGUGUGAUUUGCCACUGUCCAGCAAUUUAUUGUGUAAAGAACUAAAAUUGACCCUUUAGUUAUCAAUUUUAUCGUGCAAUUCUUAUUUUAACAAGUAUGAAUAUGUAUAUGCAAAACUGAAAUGAUAUUUUUCUUGAUAUGGUGUAUUAACAUUUUAACACAUAUUAGUUUUUGGCCUUAUGAAAUAUUUUGAUUUAAAGUAAUGAAAAGUAAAGUGUAUUUCUCAACAAUUUCUUCAAUAAGUUAUGAUGUUUAAGUAAAUCUUGUGAAGAUUGAAAUUUUACUUUGGUAGGUAUUUUUAACCCUGAUAGAAUAACCCUUUGGUUUUAUAGAAGAAACCUAAUACACAUGUAGAUCAUUGUAGAAUAUUAUAAUGGAAAAGUAGAAAACAUGUUAUCGAAUCACUCUUUGCAGUAAAAGACUAAGUUGACACUUUUUAUGUUAACGCGUUUUAUGUAUAUUAGAAAAACAUUUAUGUCAAUGAAAUUAUUGUAAUUACAUGUAUUAUAAUCAAGAAAUAAAUAUUUUGAAUUAA